AUAAAUGUACUCAUAAUAUAUCAUUUAAGAAUGGUGAAAAUGACAGCUAUGAUACUAUGACAGCUGAAAACUUUUUACAUGUACUUCAAUAUCAGUUUCCUCUUUUACACGAUAUGUGGAAAAACGAACCAGAAGUACCAUAUGGAGUACACAUACUGAUUGGAUUUGUAGCUUUGAUAAUAGGAACAGGAGGUUUAAUAGGAAAUUUAAUAGUCAUUUGUCUGUUUGUGAGGUAUAAAAGUUUACGACGAUCUGCAAACCUUUUUGUUCUGAAUUUAGCAGUAGGUGAUACAUUACUUAUAGUUGCAAAUGUUCCAUUGUUAGUGAUUUCAAGUUUCCAUGCACAAUGGAUAGGCGGAGUAAUAGGUUGUCACCUUUUUGCUUUCUUUGGUGGACUUUCCGGUUUCGUGUGUAUAAAUACACUUACUGUACUUGCCAUUGAGCGUUGUGUAGUUAUUACAUGUCAUCUAACUUAUAACAACAGACUAUCGAAUCCCGGAGUUGUUUUAUUAUGUGUCACUGUAUGGAUAUAUUCAAUUGGAUGGUCUGUUCUACCGUAUUUGGGUUGGGGAGGACACAUGAUGGAGGGAUCAAGGACAUCGUGUACAUUUGAUUACUUCACAAAAACUAUGAACAACAGAACUUAUGUGAUAUGUUUAAUUGUGUUUUGUUUUGUAUUGCAGUUGAUAAUAAUAUCUGUAUCAUAUCUGAAAAUUGUGACAGUGGUAUUUUCCCGUCAACGCGAGAUUUCGCACUCGAAAUCAAAUUCUAAAGCGGUGUGCUUACGGAUUUCAUCAAGUAAAGAAAGGCUAAAAGUCGAAUGGCGUGCUACAAAAGCUGCGAUGAUUCUUGUUGUGGUAUUUUGUAUUUCUUGGACGCCUUAUGCUAUCAUUGCUUUGAUUGGUCAGUUUAGCGAUACGUCAUUCAUUACGCCGCUAUCGUCUGCUUUUCCUGGACUAUUUGCUAAAAUGUCUUCAUUAUUUAACCCGAUUAUCUACACGUUAUUACAUUCAAAGUAUAGAAAGAUGAUUCGAAGUAUUUUUAAAAAUUCGGGAGAAGUAAAAUAUAGAAACAACUCAAAUAAUACUCAAAAUAUGAAAUUAAAUUUUGACAGAGAGAGUAGUUCCAGCCCACACAUGGCAAUGCUUAGUAGAAGUAGAAGUACAACUGUAUUGUAACUGCUUCUUUAAACAUAGAGUGAUUUUCAUGUCGCAUUGAUUCGUAAAUUCUAUGAAGAUCAGC